AUGGUGCGUGGUCUGACUACCGCCCUCCUGAUGGGCUCCUCGGCCCUGGCCCUGCCCUUCGUCGACAUCCACGAGCGCCAGAAUACCACCGACUGCGCCGUACAGGACACCUACCCUGCCGUCGACUACGCCCAGCUCCCGGAUCCCUUUACCUUCUCCGACGGGACCAAGGUCGCCACCAAGGCUGACUGGGCCUGUCGCCAGGCCGAGAUCAGCAAGCUGCUGCAGCACACCAUGUCCGUCAAGGUCACCGUCGGGUCCAAAUCCGUCACCAUUAACACCGCGAUCAAGAAGCCCAGUACUAGCCCUGGGCCAGCCAUUAUCACCAUCGGGGGUUCCUCCCUGCCCGUUCCGGCCACCGUCGGCACUGUCGCGUUCGGGAACGACGCCUUUGCCGCACAGGCGUCGGGCAGCUCGCGCGGCCAGGGCGAUUUCUACACUCUCUUCGGUAACACGCACUCGGCCGGUGCCCUGACCGCAUGGGCCUGGGGUGUCGACCGUGUCGUCGACGGUCUCGUGCAGCUGGGUGCCGCAACGACAGGUAUCGACCCCGAGCGCCUCGGGACCACAGGCUGCUCGCGAAACGGGAAGGGGGCGUUAAUCGCCGGUGCCCUCGUCGACCGCAUCGCCCUCACCCUACCGCAGGAGUCUGGUUCCGGUGGCGCCGCCUGCUGGCGUAUCUCGGACGCACAGCACGAUGCCGGCGCCAACAUCCAGACCGCCGGCGAGAUCGUCGGGGAGAACGUGUGGUUCAGCACGAACCUCGACGCCUACGCCACCAAGACCACGACCAUGCCCGAGGACCACCACAUGCUGGCGGCUCUGACCGCGCCCCGCGGGCUGUUCGUCAUCGAGAACGACAUUGACUGGCUCGGCCCCGUCAGCACGACCGGCUGUAUGAAGGCCGGUCGUCUUAUCUACCAGGGCGCCGGCGUUCCCACCAACAUGGGCUUCUCACUCGUCGGAGGCCACGGCCAUUGCCAGUUCCCCUCAGCACAACAGACCGAUCUCACGACCUACAUCAACUAUUUCCUUCUCGACGGAGCCACACCUCCCGGAGUUGUCGAGGUGUCCAGCGCCGACGUGGACAUGGCGGAUUGGGCGCCAUGGAUGGUCCCAACCCUCAUCUAA